UCUGAGUCACUUUUCUGGGCAAAGGGCUUUGGGAGCCAUCCUGAAGUGAACGGUGAUCAUUUUGACUACAUAUAUGAACGUAUAAUCUGUCACUUUGAUCAGAAAUUCAGCUGCUGAUUCAUCCGGGGUCAACUUCAAGUCAAGAGCUUUGAGAAGGGAAAAGACGGCGGACAGGAUGGAAAUGACUGCUUCCCCUUCUGGUCACAACAUCACUGAUGUUCCUGAUGAAAAUGAAUUUGAGUUUUUUGCGAAGCUAGCCGAGUUGGGAAAGGCUCUGCACAUCAUGUCUCUUGUGGUUUUCAGCCUGGGCAUGGUGCUUGGCGUGUUUGGAAAUGCAGUGGUUAUCUGGGUGACGGGUUUCAAGAUGAAGAAAACGGUCAACACCGUGUGGUUCCUCAACCUUGCAGUGGCCGACUUUCUCUUCACAGCUUUUUUACCCCUGACGAUCGCUUACACUGCUCUGAAUUUCCACUGGCCUUUCGGCAACUUCAUGUGCAAACUGAGCAGCGCCAUCACCUCACUCAACAUAUUUGCCAGUGUCUACGUCCUGGUGGUGAUCAGCGUGGACAGGUGUGUGUCUGUGGUGUGGCCCGUCUGGGCCCAGAACCACCGGAGCGUACGCAAAGCGUCCUGUGUGAGUCUGGGUGUCUGGGUCCUGGCUCUGAUUCUGAGCAUUCCUUCCUUCGUCUUCCGCGGCACAGGACCGGCGCUUCAAAAUGAAAACAUCACCCUCUGCUUCAACCAUUUUGGACUUCCUGAAGACAAUGUAACUCUCUCUGUGGUUCAGCUGAAACAGUUUCGUCAUCAGGCCACGACCGUCACCCGCUUCUUUCUGGGAUUUGUUAUUCCCUUCACUGUCAUCGUCUGCUGUUAUGCUGUCAUAAUCCACCGCCUGAGGAAAAGCCCCACCCUAGCAAGUCAAUCCAAGCGCACUUUUAGGAUCAUCGCUGCCAUUAUCAUCACUUUUUUCCUGUGCUGGGCUCCUUUCCACAUCUUGACUCUAAUUGAGUUGGCAAACUUCAGUGCUGUCAGUCUCGAUAAAACCUUGGUCUUUGUCCUCACUGUUGGAUUCCCGAUAGCCACAGGUCUGGCUUUUCUGAAUAGUUGCGUCAAUCCUCUGCUCUAUGUGUUUGUGGGCCAAAAUUUCAAGGACAGAGUCUGCAAGUCCAUCCUGAAUGUACUGGAGACUGUUUUCCAGGAAGAGGAGACAAACUCUCAAAGUUACCUGAAAUCUGAAGAAAGCAGCCACAGCAGGGAAAAGUCACAAGCUAACACUGAGCUGUAAGAUUUAACAACAGACAGCCGGAAAAAAUACAAAUAAAAUGUUGUUGAGUUUUCACAAGGUGUAUAUACUAUUGUUCUAGUUGCUGAAUUUCAUGCUUUGUUCACAGCUAAAAUAAUUCAAGUAUCAAAAACUGUUAAAGCGAACUUGACAUGCUGAAAUGCUUUGCUUUGGGAAACGUUUUGAACGAGACCAAGUAGAUGCAGAAAGUCUCUGUGGUUCUGGUUCUUACUGAUGGUGAAAAAGGUUGCUCAACACCUUAUUUACUUAACUUUGUGGUUAGAUGUGUGAAAUGCUCAUGACAAAUCUCAUUACGGAAGACAUGAUGAAGUUUCUGCGUGCCUCAAAAACUUCCUGAGAAACGAAUUCUGUGAAGAUUAUUUUAGGCCGUACUAUGGUGUAUACAUGAGCACUGGGUUUUGUGAAAUGUAAAUUUGGACAGGUCAUAUAACCUUUGGAAAGCGUCCUGUCAUUUUUGGGUGUUGCUAUCAGG